AUGGCAAAGGGCAAGGUCAUACUGCCCCCCGCCACGGACAUCUUCAACGCGUUCAACAGCUGUCCAUUUCGCGAUUUGAAGGUGGUCCUGCUCGGCCAGGACCCGUACCACGAUCUCCACCAAGCGCAUGGGCUCUGCUUCUCCGUCUUGCCCGAAGUUCCGCUUCCGCCGAGCCUUCGUAACAUAUACAAGGAGCUCACGACGGACAUCCCGGGCUUCCAGGCACCAAGACACGGUUACCUGCAGAGCUGGUCGGAGCAGGGGAUGCUGAUGCUGAACGCGACUCUGACCGUCGAGGCGCACAAGGCCAACUCGCACAGCAAAGCCAGUGGCUGGACCGCCUUCACGGACGCCGUCAUCCAGCACCUUUCCCAGCACCAUCCCAACCGGCUCGUGUUUCUGCUCUGGGGUGGCUACGCGCAGCAGAAGAAGAAGCUCAUAGACGCAAGCCGGCACAUCGUCCUGGAGAGUGUGCACCCAUCACCGUUGAGCGCCAGCCGCGGCUGGUUUGGGUGCCACUGCUUCUCUGCGUGCAACGAGGCGCUGCAGAGCAUGGGCCACCUUCCCAUGCAUUGGCAACUGCCAUUGAAUGCUUCGCUACCCUGA